AUGGAACAACCUGCUAUGUCAGCCGCACAUGGAGAGGUACCACCGGUCGGUGAAGUCUUUAUCACUUCACGGGUGGAGAUGUCGAGUAUCUCUUGCGAGCAAGAGGAUUUUCGCAAAAAGCAGCAGCGCACACGGCAGGAAAUAUCAGAAAGUCAUCGGCAGCAGUAUACCAAGGAAAAUGGUCAGCAUACUGGACAAGCAGUGCUACAAACUGGUAAGCUGCCAGCGGGUCAGAUUAUUGCCAUACCUACCAAGCAAGGUCAACACAGCAUCCAAUCUGUUCGAGGCAACCAAGUUGUAUUGCCAGUGAAUAAUGCUCCCAUAAAAUCACCUCUAAAAAUAGUGGAGCAGCAGCAACAUACUGUCGUCACUGGCCGAUCGUUAUCUACCUCACCUGUUGUAAUUCGAACACAAACCGGUUCCCUGUCAGGCAACCCUGUGCAGCAUCAACAGCAAUCGCAGCAACACCAUCAACAGCAGCAACAACAACAGCAGCAGCAACACCAGCAGCAGCACCAACACCACCACCACCACCAACCACAACAGCAGCAUCAUCACCAUCAUCAUCAUCAUAGUGCAACACCCCCUAAAAGCCUCAUAACAACUCCCAUUUUAGAUCACAGCGGAGCUCGGAAGAGACAUGAAUUUGAUUUUGAGUAUGGUGUUGAAAGUAAAAGGAGAAAAACUGAGAAAGGGGGGAAAGGACUUAGACAUUUUUCAAUGAAGGUUUGUGAAAAAGUAAAGGCCAAAGGAACGACAACUUAUAACGAAGUUGCGGAUGAAUUAGUGUCUGAGUUUACUGAUCCUACGAGAUGUGCAUCACCUUCUGAUGGUGCAAAUUAUGACCAAAAGAACAUAAGACGGCGAGUUUAUGAUGCACUGAAUGUUUUGAUGGCCAUGAACAUCAUUAGCAAAGAGAAGAAAGAAAUCAGAUGGCUUGGACUACCAACCAAUUCUGCCCAGGAAUGUCGUAAAUUAGAACAGGAAAAACAUAAAAGAGUGGAACGGAUUAAACUUAAAACACAACAGUUGCAGGAUCUCAUAUUACAACAAAUCGCAUUUAAAAACCUGGUGGAGCGUAAUAGGGCAGAAGAACGUGUAAAUGGCUCUCCAUCUCCCAAUUCUGCUAUUCAGUUGCCAUUUAUAAUUGUGAAUACAAGCAAGAAGACAGUGAUUGAUUGUGCAAUUUCCAAUGACAAAACGGAGUAUCUUUUCAACUUUGACGAUACUUUUGAAAUCCACGAUGAUAUAGAGGUAUUAAAACGAAUGGGAAUGGCUUUAGGAUUAGAGCGCGCACAGUGUACCCAGUCUGAUCUUGAAAGAGCAAAGUCGAUGGUGCCAAAGGCAUUAGAAGGAUAUGUAGUAGAUCUAGCUGAAGGGAACAAUGAACCCAAACUAAAUUUACGCGAGGACUAUUGCAUCCUUGGACUUGACAACCUUUCAGAAGAAGAUCUAGAAAUGGGCAGUAUGAUUCGAACUGGCAGUUCUGGUGGGACUAGUAGUGGAUUGGGUAUCAUAUCACGUCAGUCAUCUCUUAUAUCCCUCCAAAAUGAGCACCGACCAGAUUCUGUAUCUCCUUCAUCAUUUGGGGAUGAAGAUGAUGAAGAUAUAAUGGAUGAAUCGGAUGUAGAUAUGAGUUAAUUAAAUAUUUAGGAUAUAAUUAGUAUAUUAAAAGUGAAAUUUUAAAACUUUUAAGGCUGCAAGUUGGAUUCAGGCAAAGGCCAGUGAUGUGUUAUUUUCUAUUGUAUGCAUUUGUAUGUUGGCCCUAAAGAGAGAGAGAGAGAAGUUUUGCAAGCUAGUAUACAGUGGAUGAGAGAAUGUGAGAUUAAUUGGAUUGCUAAUAAUCAGAAAGCAGUGAAAUAUGGGCAUAAUGCAUUAGUUGAAAAACUUAGGUAUAGUAAUUUGUGGAAGUGGAAGAAAAAAAUUUGUAUACGGGAUGUGUUAUUGGAGCCAUUUUCAUGGCACAAGGGUCUCAGCCUUGGGAUUCAGUACAAAGUUAAGUACAAUAUGUACUACUGUAUCUCUAGUGGCAUAGGAUCAUACUACAACAAAACAUGAAAGGAAUAUAACAAGCAUUGACAUACUGAUUUUGACAUUUUCCUUUAUGAACAUGAUAGGAAUUGUUCAUUUGUUUCCGUCCUUAUCUUGUUUUUUUAUGGUAUGAUCCAUUAGUUUCCUGUGACUUUAGGACUGUUUAUAUGCAAUAUUUCUCAUACUCAACAGCCUACCCCCUUUUUAGCAUGAUGAGUGCUUCUGUCAUUAUGACAAAAGAGGAUGUUUGCUCUAGAAGACUAAUACAAUUAUACUUCUCUCAUCAUCUAGUUAUGUACAUUACAGUAGGAUCGCAAGAGACGCUUGACUUCUAUCUUGAGCUCAAUGUAAUUUGGUACGAAGAAAAUUGUUGCUAUUUUUUAACUGUUGCUCAAAGUAUAUGGAGAAUCGAGGUAUAAAUUAAAAUCACUCCUUUUUUAUCUUUUAUCAUUAUAUGCUGUUUAAUUGAUACCCGAGUUACUUAGUUUUGAAAUGUUUGGUUGAAAUAUUGGUACUGUACUUAUAUUAAAUGGUAUAUAAUGCAUGAAGAGCUAAGUUUGUUUCAUCUAAUUAUUUCACACUCCAGCAGUUUUGUAAUAUUUGUUUGCUAAUGCAGUUUGUCUUAGAGUAUUAAGUUUGAAUUUAGAAUUUAAUCCAAAACACUUAAGACUGAGGAGAAUUAGGCCAUCUGUCAACUUAUAUUCUUAGGUUCUCAGAUCUUCAGUUCUCACUACAAACAAAAAUUUUUAUUUUACCUUAAUAUAUAUAUCUAUGUUGAUAAUGUACCUGAAGUUAUGACUAGUCCACCUUAAACUGGAAUUUCACUUAUUUGUAAGUUGUGGAUUAUCAUCGUUCAAAUUGAAAUUGAAAUUAGAAAAAAUUACAGCUAUUUUUUCUGUAGACUUGGUUUGAAUUUUCCAUAUAUCAGUUUGUUUUAGGAUAUAAUACUUGUUGAACCUACUCAUUUUCCUAGUUAUUAUUAUUAUAUCAGGUUAUGAAGCUUAGGUACAUACGAAAGUUCUUUGCAUACUUCAAAUCUGUAUUUAAAAUUUUGUUAUAAAACCUAAUUUAUCCUUGUAUUGUGCAUGAAAUUAUAAGACUUCAGUACUUUUAAUGACACAUCUUGCACAAAGAUGCAUGAUGAAUUGGUACUCUUGGGAAGAAUUAAAGGGGUAAGGUGGUAACACGAUCUUAAAAAAACCACCAAUCUCCAUUAUUGGAAAUUAUUACUUGUGUAUAUCUGGCUUUAUUAACUUUUUCAUUAGUUACAAUGUAUGGCUUCAAUGAAUGUCUACUGUACAUGGAAUGUGUUUUUAAGCUGAUGAAUGCACUUGUCAAGAUUGUACCUCAUUUUCUUCAGCUAUGACUCCAGGAAGAGUAUGUACACAAUUCAGUGGUUGAAAAGAUCCAAGGUCUAAUUCCAGGCUCUCUCAGGAGUCUGAGAGGGUUGUGACUUUUUAUGAAUAUAAAGGUGGAGGUAGGUUAAAUGGCAAAACUUGCAUGCACCUACUUAGUAAUGCUGGAAGGAAUUAUUCAGUAUUUGGCAGCCUCCUUCAUGCUUCCACCAAAUGAUUAAAGCAACAAAAUUUGUGGGAAUUACAGUUACUGAUUACCAAUUGCUGUUGCUUAUGAAGCACAGAGCAAGAUUUUGAUAAAGUGGCAGGAACACAAUAGAAACUGUCUUAACACCAUUGGAAAGGUAAGUGAUACAGUAUUAUGUUAUUUUUAUGAAAUUUUGUUUUUAUGCCAAGACCAAUUGGAAGACAAGCCAGUUGCGUAAUCUACCCCCAUACCUAAUGUUAACAGUAAAAAAAAAAAAAAAAAUGGAAAAAGUCCAAAUUUAUUCAAAAGGAAGUUCUACACUUGUUUCUCAAGGGAUGGAAUUAUGUUGUGGGGGUGGGGGGGAAUCUUGAGUAGGAAUAUAUCAUCAAACCAGCUGUGAAAGGAAAGUAACAGUCAUAAUUGUGCAAGGUCAGUGUUGCUGAUUUCCUCGGAGAAAGAUAGAAAAUGACAGUGUCAUGGGAGUCGUGAGAACGAGGACACCAGAAAGGAAAAGGUAAAGGGACAGUGAGGCAGCUAAGUAGCAUAGAGGAGUUUCUAGACAAAAAGAAAGAUGGUUAUGGAAUAGGCAAAUUGAAGAUACCAUUUAGAAAAAUAUUUGACAGAGUGGUAUAGGCAUAAUGUAGUAGGGAGGGAAACAGUAAAUCAGGAAGGAGUAUAAGUAUUGUGAAGAAAUAGCUGGGAUUUAAAAAAAGAAAAAAAUAAAUCUUGAGUGAAAUAGGUUGGUUGAUAAAUAACUUGGACAUCCUUGAUAGAAGGUCAAGGUUAUGUGACAUAUAAAUUAAAGUUAUCUUAAAGUUUGGAAUGAAGUUUAUAAAAAAAAAAAAUUAUUUGCUUUAUUUAAAAUUCUGCAACAGUUUAUCAGAUAGCAUGCAACCAUGCACAUUUAGUUAAAAAGGCAAUAAAUAAAUGAUAACCCUAUUUUGAGUAAAAAAAAAAAUUGUUUAAAAAAGUCAUUAACCUUAUCUGAUUAUAAACUCUUUUCUGUGAAUAUUCAAAAUCUCAUGUGUAACAUGAUUUCUUAAAUACUGAAUACACUUUAAAGAACUUAGUAGGUUUGGGUCAGCCCAAUGAAAGUUGAGCAUGGUGGCAGAUUAAAAAAGAUAACAAUAAUAAUUAUAAUGAGAAUUUACAUAGUAAAAUGUUGUAGUAGUUAUUUUGAUAUCAGGCAUGUACAGCUUGGUGUAUGGUAUUUCAUGGGAUCAAAAUUAAUUUAUUGUUUUAAACUUAAUUUUUUCAGAAAGCCAAAGGUUAUGUUUUUCAUUGGCAUAUCUUUACCUCAGAGGAGGUUAUCGCUACUAGACAGUAAUCAUAACUUGUAUAUGACAUCUGAAUGAAGUGCGUAAAUUUUUCUUAAUUAAAAGUGUAAGUAAACCAUAGAAAAAAAAUAUGAAGCCACAGAUUCAUUCCUGUAUCGAGUCUCGGGCAUUCCGAGGUGUUGAGAUGUGUAUUUCUGGAGAUAGAAGUUCUCUCUCGACGUGGUUCGGAAGUUUGUAAAGCCGUUGGUCCCGUUGCUGAAUAACCACUGGUUCCAUGCAACGUGAAAACACCAUACAAACAGACAAACAAACCAUAUCUAUAGAUCAAUAUUUGCAGUUUUAUUGCUUUAAUCAAAUGAAUCCUGACUUUUGGGGAAUGUUGUUAACUGGCAAAAGUUAAAUUACAGUAAGUUAAAAACAUGUAUCAGUAAAUCAUGCAUAAGCAAGAAUAUAAGACUGUACCUGGCAAUAAGGUGCACCAAAUUUUCAGCUCGUGAAGAUUAAAUUUCUUUUCUUUUUUUCCCUAUAGUACGUAAUAACUGUAUUAUGUUGGUUGUAAUCCUAAUUUUACUCCAUAUUUUGUUCCAUUUGGGAUGUCAUGUUCAUGAUGUGAAAUGUUAUUCCGUAUUUCUAAUAUCUCUUAUUUUAGUGUUUAGUUUUCCUUUAUAUGAGAUAUAUAUUAUUAUAUAAAAUAAAAGCUGUGCAAGCCUACAUCCUUUACUGUGAAAGUCUUAAAAUACCACAUACCCCAUGUAUACCGAGACACUUUUGGCCAAAAAAAUUUCUGGCCCAACAUAGUUGGGUAGUUUAAGCCAUGUGUGUUACUUUGUAAACUGUACAUGUUUUUCAGUUUGUAUGUAUAUUCCACAAAAGUUUAUUUUAUAUUGAAAUUAAUGAACAUAAAGUUUUUAAAAACUGAGGAAAUGACAGUACAGUUGACCCCUGGCAUUCGGGGGCAGUUAGGGACCAGAACCGCCUGAGAGUGACUGAAAUCCGUGAAUACUUGAGACCCCAUCUAAAAAUGCUUAUAACUGCCUGUUUUAAUAGUUCAAAACACCAAAACCAUCUUAAACUAUCAUCCUAAAACACUUCAUUAAAUUACAGUCAUCAUCUUAAAACAUUAUCAUAAAAAAUAUAUGGCUUACAGGCAUGUGUGAACACUCCAACAACUGUUACUCUUACCUAGGUGAAAACUAAUCAAGCUACCCUUAUAUCUAGGCUUGCAUGUUUUCUUUCAUACAGCAUUCAAGCCUUAUGUUAUCUUUUAACUCUUAAAUGUUGAGCCGCUAUUUACCAAAGUGUGUCUUGUAUGCCGGCGGCGUUCGGAAAUUAGCGUCAAAGCGGAAAGAAAGUUUUUUUUUUUUUUUUUAAAUCACAGUAUGCUUAGUUUUCAAGAUUAGUUCAUUUUUGGCUCCUUUUUUGGUCAUUGCCUGAAGUUUAGUAUGCAACCAUCAUCAGAAAUGAAAAAAAUCUCCCAUAUAAAUAUUGGAAUAGUAGUAUAUGACAGCACCAAAAAAAAUGUCAUAUAUAAUUGCAUACAAAUCGCGCUGUGAGCAAAACGGUGAAAGCUAAAGAGUUAAUUUUUUUGUUGUAUUGUACACUAAAUUGCGAUGAUUUUGGUAUAUUACAAACUUUAAAACUAUCAAAGCAACACAGAGAAAAUAUCACAAAAUGAUGCAUGAAUUCGUAACGCGUGGACGUAAAUUUUUUUUUUUUUUUUUUUUUCAAAAA